CCCCUCUCUGCUUGCAUUUCUCGCUCCUCUCAUCCCCCCUCUCUGCUUCCAUAUCUUCUUCUCCCAUGGCUUCAACCUUUCUCCUCAAUUUAGCCACCGGCGAAGACGAUUCACAUUUCAAUUGCAGAGCAGGUCACAUAAAACAACAUAUAUACAAUUUACUAUAUCUAAUGAUGAAAUUGGAGCUUGGUAGACUCCGAUCUCGCCGGAGAAGGCUUCCAACCAGAGAUGGAGCAGUCUUGUCGGAGGGAUGUCAGUGCAGAUCUGAAGUUGUCUUGCUGGAUUGGAGGCAGCACCAGAGAGAUUCACUGGAGAGCAAGCUUGGUGGUCACGGCGGCAGUGGGCGUCAUCGGAGAAAAUGGCGGUGGUGGGCGGCGUCAUUGUACACGGUGGUGUUCUGUGGUGUGGCCGAGAGACAUAGCCCGCAGCGGUUGUGUACUGUCCAAGUAGAAACAUGGUGCUGGGGACCAGCUUUUCCUCGGUGGGUCACAAUGUUGUAAGGCUUGUACCCCUGUGGCAACAGAGCCUCCAUGAUCUGCUGAAUAAAUGACUCAGGAAUCCAGACAUCAUGAUUGAGAUUGACCCUGCCAUCCACCGCUCUGUUGAGUUCAUCAAGAUGCCUUCUGAGAUCGUCAUCAUCCCGGCCAUCCUUAAAAAAAGUGUGGCGCACAAACCCUCAGAGUAAGGAUAAGACUGGUCAACAUUUAGGAUUCUAAUUUUAGGUGCGAAAUGCUGCUUGGAGCUUCUGGGGGCCAUUUUGUCAUUUUGAGCGAACUGGGACCACAAGAUAAGUGCUAAAAAUCUCUCCUACGGUUAUUUAGUAAAAAGAAAAAAAAUCAUAAAUUGAAACGUUAAAAAAGAAAAAAUUAAGUGGGAUAAUUAUUGCUUUUACUCUUGUUAAGUGUGUCUAAUUUUAACAUUGAACAACGGACUAAUGAAAUUUGAUCACUCAAGUACGCCGGACGAGCACACACACUCGUACACUGGUCGAGCACCCACACUCGCACCACCGGGUCAUGUCAUAUGAGUGUGACGAUUUAUAAGCUCCAAUAUAAAUGUUAAUACCGCACACUCUUGACUACAUACGAGUUCUUGCGUGCUCUUACCUCUUUAUAGUGCAUCACACUCCGACCUCGGGGGACGAGUCAUCCGUUAUACGACUUCACAUGUGUUAUUGCACUCUUUUUCCCUUGAUCAAGGUUUUGUCCAACUCGAUUCUCCUUGCCAAGGUUUUUAACGAUGCACCAUUUCCUCUUUGAUUCCGGAUCAGGCUAAUAAAGCAGCUCGGUUGGUGGCUAGUUUGGGCCUGCAGCAGGCUUUCAGCUGGAGAAAAGGUGAUCCUCUUCCAUUGGAGAUCGUUGGUGCAUUACUUCUUGACAAGAGAUCUACUCCUUACAUCUUUUGAGUAGAUUUUUUUCUCCUUUCAUUUACUUUGUUGUUGAUAAGGUUUUUCUUUUUGAGGUUUAGAUAGACUCUUUUUAGAGUUUGUCUAGCUCUUCUUUAGCAUUGUUUUUCUCAUUGGUGUUCUUCUGAGAGGUUUUGGUUCGGUCCCUCUCUCUGAUUUAUACUGGAUAUCAUCUUAAUAAGAUAUAGGUGAAUGUCCCCCGACAUUCGCCCCGUCGAUGGGUGGUUUACCUUCCGGUUAUACAAAAAAAAAUCUUGUUAUUUUUUUUAAUAAUGUACAUCCAUGGGGAAUUGUUAUGUAAUUACUAUGUACGUGGAUGUUCACAAAGUCUAGGUCCAUAUACAUUGGCCCAUCUCAAUAAUGUAACCCUACCCCAUCCCUCUUGUACAUACAUAUUGCAUCCCUCUUGUACCCCAUCUCAAUAAUGUAACCCUACCACAUCCCUCUUGUACAUGUUAAUGAAAAGGGAUGCUUGAAUUUGGUUUACGAUAUUUGAUUAGUACUCCAAGUCCUUAUUUCAUCAUUUAUAAAUAUUUAAAUUAUUGAAAUGCGUGCAAUAUUUGAUCAACAGUCAAACUAUGGUAUCGAUAGAAUUGGCCUUCAAAUAAAUACUCUCC